AUGUCCCCAGAAGACUCCAUCGGGAGCUGCCCAUUGCCCCCAUCCGAUCUCCAUUCGUCCAUACACGAUGAGCCAUGCACAAUGUUGGCCUCACGACCAUCAACGACUCCUUUCAAUUCAGAAACAAUAGCCCCAUUCAGACAAUCCCCAGAGACUUGGGGGAACGAACACUCGACCGCCUGGCCAACCAUUUCUCCAUCACUUCAGAAUAGCAGCAGUUGCAUGAUACUUGAAUUCACCGACGAACUUUUCGCGCAAUGCUCAGGGUUGAACAUCCUAGACAUUUGCUCCGAUGACAAGCUAAACCAAGAUGCCAUGAUCCGCGGGGUCCUUGAAGGCUGGCACUUUAUAGAGGACCGGGCGUAUUCAUGCCCGCUGUGGAAAAUCAUUAGCCAAAUCGAUGAGCGGAUCUUCAUACAAAGCGGGGUCCUCACACGUCUGACAAUGCUCAGCACCAUCCUCAAGAUGCUCGCGGCAAUGAUUUAUCAAAAUAAUUUUGAAGGGGUUCCACCGUGGUAUCGGCCGAGGCCUUCACAGCUUCACUUUCCGCACAACCCCACUGCGGACUAUUUCGCGUGGCCUGGCUUCCGCGAACGCCUAGUGUUCUCAAAUUGCGACAUACUUACCGACAGAUUCUUCAAGUACUUUGCCUCCUGCUUCCGAUUAUCGUGGCCCUAUUCAAUCAGUAAUGCCUAUGAGAUUAACCCGGGGAAUGCAUUAUAUUCAUUCUCUGAAGCCUUCAGUCUACAUUUGGUAGACCUUUCGAAAUGGAAGAUGUGCAAAGCCUUCUUCUCUUUAUUUCCCGCCUUAGAAGAAGACAUGGCAUCCGAGAAUGUGCCAUCGCCUUCUUCUUUCACGCUUCCUCCUGAUAACCCACUACCCGUAUUGUCCAUUUAG